AUUUAACAAGGAUUUAAUAUUCAGAACCAACAAUAUGUCAUGGAACAGCCUAUAUUUUUACAUAUUCACGAUCUAGGAAACCUAUUUUCUUUAAUGUAGUAAUUAAUUUAAAGUGAUUACAAAUGGAAAUGUUUAUAAUAUUUUACAAAGAAGGGACACUCUUGGUUCCAUUGAUUCCUGGUUGGGCUGACAGUGGCGGCGCGUGGAAUUAUGUUUAGUAACUCAGCGGCAGCGCGUGGGAAAGUAUUGGCUUUUUCUCGUUCUUUGUCGCAAGCGCAGAUAAAAAUGGCGCGUUUACGGUUCGAAGCGUCCAUUAAUACUAAGCAACAGUCAAAGAAAGAGAACAAAGCUCGUCCGAAUAUAGAAAAAUUCGGAGGAAUUCGACUUGGUUUUCCCAUUCGGAUCGGCCCCUCUGAAAACAUACCUACCUCACGGUGAUAUUGAUCUGACUGCCAUUACGUCUCAAAAUGAUGAUGAAGAUAUGGCAAAAAGUGUUUGUGAUUUGCUUAAAAGAGAAGAAUUAAAAGCUGGUGACUUUCUGGUUGAGGAUGUCCACUACAUUCCUGCUCAGGUGAAGAUUGUAAAGUGCUUCGUGCAGCAUAUCUCUGUAGACAUCUCCUUUAAUCAAGUGGCAGGACUCUGUUCUUUGAGCUUCCUUGAACAGGUCAACCAUUACAUUGGGAGAGGCCAUCUUUUUAAGCACAGCAUUAUCUUGAUCAAAGCCUGGUGCUACUAUGAGAGUAGGAUUCUUGGUGCUCAAUCCGGAUUGAUCUCAACUUAUGCAUUAGAGAUACUGGUCUUGCAUAUAAUUAAUCGGUUUCAUUCAUCUGUAGAUGGCCCUUUGGCGGUCUUGUAUAGGUUCUUGGACUACUAUCACACAUUUGAUUGGGAAAAUUAUGGCAUCAGUAUAUAUGGUCCAGUUGCAAUUAAGUGCCUACAAGAUAUUGUUGGUACCUUUCCAUGCCAUUUGGUCACAAUAGAGACACCAACAAGCUAUGGGAAUGAGAUGCUUCUUAGUAAGGAACUUCUUGAUUGCUGCCUGAAAUGUUCGAUGGAUCAAAUGAGGGUGGACAAGUGUAAAGGACAAGUCUUCUUGCUAAAAUAUCUUAACGUAGUGGAUCCUCUGAAACAGUGUAAUAACCUUGGACGGUGUGUUACCAGAGGCAACUUCUAUCGUAUAAGAUAUGCUUUAUCCCAUGGAUUUCAGACUUUAAGAAAGAUCCUCACCCUACCAGAAGAAAAAGUGUGUGGUGGACUAAAAAAGUUCUUUGUCAAUACCCUUGAACUCAAUUCGGAUGGACGACGAUCGGAUGUCGAUGUACGUGCCAUGUUAUCUUGUGCUAGAUCUGAAGUCCUUAGUUUAAAUGGGGAGUACAACAGUCAUAUCAACUAUCUCAGGCACUAUCAAUGUUCUCAGAAGCUUGGUUUAAAUGUUCCUUUGCAUUCAAGCUCUCAAAUAUCAUCUUCUCAGUUCCAGGGCAAUAUGCAAAAGACGUCGUACGGUGGAAAUUUCCAAUACCCAGGAACAAUUAGAUGUAUCUCAACCUCCCCCUGCUAUCCAAAUAGCCCUCAUUUAUUUGGUUCUGCUUUCAGUGCAAAUGAACCAUCAGCGUUUCGAGGAAUGGAGUUAUACAAUCCUUUUGGGAGCACUGUAAUGGACUCGAGGCAAAGAGGAAGAGGUAUAUCCCUUCCCAGUUUUAAUGGUGAGUUGGAUCUGCAGCGGAUGUACCAUUGUUUCCCUAAAUUUGUAAUUGAGGAAAAUUUACCAAACGUUUGUAGAGAUUCCCAUGAUAUGCAUAUAAAAAAGGAUAUGAGCGAGCAAAGUGGUAUACAUGGUAUUGAGAUAGAUACUAAGGAAAAGGUGAAACUGCAAGGAGAAGGUAUUCGCCAUUCAGAAAUUGGAGAAACUAGCGAUUGCAUCACUGGAACUGGUCUAAAAGAGAAGUCUCAAGAAACAGAAAUCUGUAUCUUCAAUUCAAAUGUUGACGAAACUGCAGCUGCACAAGGAAUAAAUACAAGCUCUGAUGCGAAAUCCUCAGACAUGUAUAUUUAUGUACCACAGAUGACAACAAAAGGCGGAACCAAGUCUGAAGGCACAUUACUUAAAUCUGAUCUGGAUACUGGGCGAUUAUACAUUUUCUCUGAGGCUGGCAAUGAUCAGGGACAUAGUAACUUUGAUCUUUCACAGGAAGACUUCCCAGGUCUUCCAAGCUGUAAAAAGAUGGGAGAAAGUCAACAAUUUGUUCAACCUGUUGCAGAGUCCCAACGGUCAUGGAAACCCUCACCAUGCAAAGAGAAUGAAUAUGGGACUUUUGGCACACAACCAAUUGUUGCAUCAAGAUUGCAUUCAUUUGAACCAAUGAAGCAGCUCACUGACGAUGAAACUCCCACACAACCAAUGGUUGCAUUAAGAUUGCAAUUAUUUGAACCGAUGAAGCAGCUCAGUGAGGAUGUUAUAUCUAAGGAGCCUGACCUUGGAGUGGCCACUUUCACAACUCAAGCAACAUUAAAUGCAUCACCACUUGAUGAAGAAAUGGUUAUGAUGCAGCAAUACUGUCUAGAUGAUAACAAGGACUUUCCCCCUUUGUGUCACUGUUUGAAGAAAAGCUACCCUGAACAAUGAUGUCAAACAUGAAUUAGAAUGAUGUGUAAAGUCUUUUUUCAGUUAGGAAAUGUCUUGUUACUCGUAUGGCAUUUUCUUGCACACUUUUAAAAGUGCAGUCAUAUUGGCCAUAUUGAUAUUUGGUGUUGGGGUUCCGGGCAGGUUUGCUAAUAUUAAAUAAGGCGUUUUGGUUCAAAGCCGAUUUUGUGGUGCUUAUAAGUGCGUAAUUGCCUGUAAACAUAUGUAUUUUUACUUUAAUUUGUUUUCUUUCACGCACAAAGUUAUUUCCAAGAGGGACAGAAGAGUUGAUAGAAUCUCCUAACUAU